AUGGGCGCCAAUGGUCAAGCAGUACAGACGAUGAAUAAGAAGAAAGUAAAACUUCUUCACAAAAAGCGUGCAGAAAUACGUAACCAAAAGAAGGUGGCGACACAGCAAAAGGGUAAACGCACGGUGUUGCGCAAGCCUCGGCCGUCCAAGAAGAAACAGCAGAAGGACGCGAAACGUCAUCGUAUCUACGUAGAAGCAGAAAAGGAAAAACUGGUCAAAAGUGGUGUGAUUACAACGGAAGACAUUCAAAAGAUGGUAGGCAGAGAAGGGUGA